AUAAAUUAUCUUUAAUCUAGUCGUUAGCUAUAUAACCUAUAAAUAUAACCUAUAAAACGUUUGUAACACGUGAGUGGUCAUAAAUUAAAUGAGUUUAUUUGUAAUAAAUAGAUAUGAGGGCGAAAAAAAGGAAACGAAAAAUGAAAAGAGUCAAUUAACUGAAUUAUUGAAAAGAAUAGAAGAACGUAAACAAGAGAGAGCUGCUAAAAAUGAUAAUGAAAUAAAAAAGAAUAAUUCUCAAAAUCCACAGGAAUUGAAUCAUAAAAAAAAAAAGAAAAAAACGCAAAAUUUUAAUGAAGCUUACAUAGAAAAUAUUAAAUUGAAUGAACAUUCUAUAAUAAAUGAUGAUGAACAAAAAAGAGAAAAUUCAGAUCAAGAUCAUAGAAAGAAGAAAAAAAAGAAAAAAAAUAUUCAUAAUGAAGAAAAUUAUGAGAAAAAUGAUAAGACAUUGUAUGCUGAAAAUACAUAUAAUCAAGAUAGUAAUAAAAUAUCUAAUAAAUCAAUAAAUGAAAUACAAGAAGAAAUAUCUGAACAACAAACAAAUUUUAUAGUUUUGGGUGAAAAGAGUAGACAUAAAAGUCAUGAAGUUAAGAGAAUACUACCAGAAUGGUUAACUAACCCAAGAAUUAUAUCUGUUGAUUUAGAUAGUGGUCCAAGUUUAGAAGAAUUAAAUUCAAUUUUAGAUCUCAAACUUAUUGAAGUUUUGAGGACUAAUGGUAUCAAUAAAUUAUUUCCUGUUCAAGCUAGUAUGAUAUCUUGGCUAUUAAAAUGUAAUGAAGAUAGACAACAGAAAUGGUGGUUAAGGGAUACAUGUGUAUCUGCUCCUACAGGCAGUGGUAAGACUUUGGCAUAUGUUCUACCAAUUAUUCAAAUAUUACAAUCUCGAUUAGUUCCAAAAGUACGUUGCUUAGUUGUUGUACCAGUUCAAGAAUUAGCUACACAAGUUUAUAAAGUUUUUGUUACAUAUACAUCACACAAUUUAAAAGUUGGUUUACUUUCUGGUGCAUCAAUAUUUCAUGAAGAACAAAAAAAUAUUCUGAAAGAAAGUGCCAGAGGGGAAUAUAUAUCUAUUGUAGAUAUAAUAAUUGCUACACCUGGACGGUUAAUAGAUCAUAUAUUAAAAACACCAGGAUUUUCCUUAAAUAAUCUUCAAUUUCUUGUUAUUGAUGAAGCAGAUAAAGCUGCAGAUUGGUUAGAAUAUCUUCCUGAUCCUCAUUAUCGAAGACCGCGAUUAACACUUUUUAACUUACGUUCUUGCGAAGUUCCAGCACAAAAAUUAUUAUUCAGUGCAACAUUAUCACAAGAUCCUGAAAAAUUAAAUCGCCUUGGACUUUUUCAACCAAUAUUAUUUACAUCUGUUUUGGUGAAAGACAAAGAUGAUGAUGUAAAUUUAGAUAAAGUAGGUGAUUUCAUAGGUCGUUAUACAAGUCCUAAAGAAUUAAAAGAACAAGCAAUAGAAUGUGCAACAGAAUAUAAACCAGCAGCUUUAUAUCAUAUUAUAAUCAACAAUGAUAUAACACCUAAAACAUUAAUAUUUACAAAUUCUGGAGAAACUACUCAUAGAUUAACAAUCCUACUUCAAUCGCUUUUAUCUGAAAAAAAUAUAGUAGUUGGAGAACUUUCUGCCCAACUUGUAUCAAAAGAACGCGAAAAAAUACUUAAUAAAUUUAUAAAUGGAAAGAUUCAAAUACUUAUAUGUUCAGAUGCAUUAGCAAGAGGAGUAGAUAUUCCAGAUAUACAAUUGGUCAUAUCGUACGAUCUUCCUAAACAUAUAAAUGGUUAUAUUCACAGAGCAGGAAGAACAGGACGUGCAGGUAAAUCUGGUACUGCAAUAUCUAUAUUAACACCGAAACAAGUUGGAAUAUUUAAAAACAUGUUAAAUAAUGCUCAUAAAGUAAUACCAAAUAUUGAUAAAUUGGAUUUAAGUUCUAUUAUAAAUGAAAUUGAUUAUUCGAAUCAUAUUGAUAAAUUAAAACAUGUUCUUGAAAUAGAAAAACAAAAUAAUUUAGUACGUAUAAAAACUGUUAAACGAACUCGUUUAAUAAAUUCAAAAUAAAGUAUUUAUUUUUUAUAUAAUAUUAAAUAAAAUAUGAUUUAUAUUUGAAAAUGUUUACUUAUUGGAAUUGGAAAAUAAGUAAAUCAAGUAUAAAAUAAUGAACUACUUUAGAACAGAAAUUUAGGAAAGAAGGUUCAAAAUUCAUUGCUCAUAAAGUAACAUCGAUAAUAACAUUUUAUUGUCUGAAUUUAAUAUUAUCAUACAGUGUACAUUGUACACGAUGCUCGUUCUUUAUCGCAAUUUGUCCCGUUGAUAAUUCUUAUAUCUUUAAAUUGUAUGUUAAUUAUUAUCUUUAUUGUUACAUUCUGAUAAAGGCAAGUUAUUUAUAUUUUUAAUUUAUAAAAGAUAAAUAAUCAUUUAUUGAUUAUUAAUGACACAAGUUAGUAGUUAUAUUACUAUUAUUGCUGCGUAUAACUUCAUAAUAAUCUCAGACUGUUGAUUACAUUUUAUAUACAGUAGAAGUUACCCAACUAAUAAACUAAAAUUAUAAGAUAUACAAAAAGAGAAUGAAAGAGAGAGAACAAAAGUCUCUUUACAAAUUGUAUUCAAUUAUGAAUUUAGUAAUAAUAUAGUAUAAUUGUAA